UUCCUCUCCUCUCUGCACAGUCAGCUUUGCCUUCUGAACCGUAUACAGAGAGAGAACCUACACUUCUGCAGCCAUGACGACUGUCGUUUUAAAGAUGCUGUGCGUUCUGCUCUGCGCAGUGUUCGCCUCUGCUGACGUCUUGCCCAUGGCUGACUUCGACAUAGAAAAGAUGGGAGGAAAGUGGUAUCUGAUUGGCUUUGCAACAAAUUCGAAAUGGUUUGUCAAUAACAAGGCAGACAUGAAGAUGGGCACUGCCAUGAUGCGUCCUACCGAGGACGGAGACCUUGAUCUCAGUUACGCUAGUAUGAACAGUGACGUCAACGGCUCCUGCUGGAGAAUGACACACCUCGCUAAGAAAACUGAGACUCCAGGACGUUUUGUCUUCCACAGCCAGCGUUGGGGAAAUGACAACGACAUGCGUGUUGUCGAUGCCAAAUAUGACGAGUAUGGUCUCAUUCACACCAUCAAGACCAAGGAAGGGAUUUCUGAGGUUCUCAACAAACUCUACAGUCGUUCCGCAGUACUUUCUGAUGACUUGAAGGAGAAGUUCAGGCAGUUCAGUCUGGACAAUGGCAUCCUUGAGGAAAACAUUGCAAUACUGCCAUCAGUCGGAGAAUGCCCAGAUGUCGAAGUUCUCCAAAGCCAAACAACUUCAGCUAGUCAGACCAUUUCAACUGAAAAACCCUUGUGAAUUUGCUGGCCUUCGAUCUGCUUGGUUUUCGUCGCUUUCAUUUUGAAUGCAAACAUCAGUCUCUCUUUUUGCCUUAAACACACUUCUUGUGCUCAGCAUGACAGACCAAUUUGCAACUACAGAGCUUAUCCAAAGAAUAUCUCGCAGCAGGGGGACAGAAUGGCAAAGCAUUACCUUAUCCAAAUGAUGCAAUUUAACAAACUGAGCUCAGCUCUUGAUGUUUUUUCCUCCUGUAAAUGUGUCAAACAUGUUUCGUAACGGAUAUGGCAAACCUGUAAACAAAUGUUUAUGAACAGUGCCUGAACAAAUGUUUACAAAUGUUGGUGCGAUUCAUUCAAAUUCUCCAAUUGCAUUUCAUUUUAUAAUGAAAAAUAAAAACAUGAACAUUUUGGACACAAAA